AUGGGUGGCCACCUCGAUCCUAAGAAUGGAGUCUACCUCGGCUGGUGGGGUGACCUCGGCUCUGCUCCCCAGCGCAUCACCACCUACUCCAUGUCCCCCAACCGUCAGCGCCCUCUCGCCGGUACUGCCCACGCCGCCGUCUUCAACGUCUUCCGCAGAUUCCGUCACCAGGUCCUCUACGUCGCCCCCCCCUUCAUCGCGGCCUACGCCAUCAUGAACUGGGCCAUUGAGAAGAACGAGUACGUCAACUCCAAGCCCGGCCGCGCCGAGGCUGGUGAUGAAGAGUAA